AUGCAAAAGAUUUCAGGAGAGUAUGAUAAUUCAUUCAAAAUCGGUAACGAGAACGAAGAUGAAGAGAUUAUUUCUCUAGAUAAUAUUCGUGAAACUCAGUAUCUCAUAGUCCCAGAAGGGAGUUAUCUAGAAGAUGAUUCUUCCAAUGUGGGUGAAGAAAGUACUAUGCUUUCUUCAGCAGACACAACAAAGAUGCCACAAGAUGGAGGGAGUCUUUUCGAGAGCUGUUUGCUAAUGUCUAAUAGUAUUAUUGGAGCUGGACUGCCGUUCUCCUUUAAAGAGGCAGGCGUAUGGACGGGAAUGAUUCUCUUAAUUGUGCUCACAGCCUUAGUAGACUGGACGAUCCGAUUAUUAGUAAUUAAUGCUAAAUUAUCCGGCAGAAAUUCGUAUCAAGACGUAAUGUAUUUUUGUUUCGGAAAGUCCGGAUUGAUUGCUAUUUCUGUAUUUCAGUUUGCGUUCGCCUUUGGUGGAAUGUGUGCAUUUUGUGUAAUCAUAGGCGAUACUAUUCCAUCUGUCGUGGCCUCAAUCUUUCCCAGUAUUGUGAAUGUUCCGAUUCUCGAUCUGUUGACCCACCGUAGAUUCGUCAUAGUUUUAUGCACAGUGUGCGUAUCAUAUCCAUUAUCCCUGUAUAGAGACAUCUCAAAGUUAGCCAAAGCUAGCGGUUUGGCGUUGAUAUCGAUGGUUGUAAUAGUAGUGGCUGUUGCUGUCGAGGGACCGCAGGUAGCAUCCGAGUUUCGUGGCCGCUCUGAGGUCAGAUGGGACUUUAUCCAUCGAGAACUAUUUCAGGCCAUCGGGGUAAUAAGUUUUGCAUUUGUUUGUCACCACAACAGCCUCUUAAUUUUCGAUUCACUUAAAAAGCCAACAUUGAACCGAUUUGCUGCUGUAACUCAUUUUUCUACUGGCAUUUCAAUGAUUGCUUGCAUGCUGAUGGCUCUUAGUGGUUAUCUUGUAUUCACAGAUAAAACAGAAGGCAACAUACUGAACAAUUUUCCCAGAAAUAAUUUCUUGAUAAACAUUGCCAGAUUCUGCUUUGGCUUCAAUAUGUUUACAACGCUUCCAUUAGAGGCAUUUGUCUGCAGAGAGGUUAUUGAGAUUUAUUUCUUUAGUAAUUCGUCUCAAUCAUUCAUGCGCCACGUUAUAUUGACCACAUCAUUAGUUGGUGGUGCGAUGACAAUCUCGUUGUUAACAGAUGACUUGGGUAUAGUGCUAGAAUUGACGGGUGGAUUUUCUGCAACAGCACUGGCUUACAUUCUUCCGCCUGCAUGCUUUCUAAAGCUUGCAUCAGGUGAUUGGAAGAGUAGAAAGAAAAUUCCAGCAAUUGCAUGUGUGGCAUUUGGUAUAGGCGUAAUGACACUAAGCACUGUACUCAGUAUUGCAAAGAUAGUGACCAAGUAA